GCCAAAAAAUUAACUCUAAUUGUCACAUUAAUUAUGUCAUAAUUUCAUCUAUUUCUUAAUCAAUUAACCUUUUAAUGUGAUUGAAUUUCACAAGAAUCUCUAUAGAAUCAAUUUUCGGUAAGUUUCGCGAGUGUCAUCAACUUUUUCCCUUGAUUAUCAUAAGCCGUCAUUUUAAAAACCGUUAUUGAACCUGUUGCAUUAUGAAACUGAUUUCUUUGAAUGAUAAUGUUAACAAACCAUGUAAUUUGGUACAAUUUAAAGACACCCUGAUGAUGUUUGAUAGUGGUUUAGAUGCAUUAUCAACUUUGGGCUUCAUUCCAUUACCUUUGGUUACAUCUAAUCAUUUAUCUUCACUUCCAAAUUGGACACCGAGUAAUAAUCAAGAUGCUCAAUUAGAAUCAGAGUUAAAGGAGUGUUGUGGAAAAGUAUUUGUGGACAGUUCACCUGAAUUCUGUUGUCCAGAGUUUUCUACAAUCAAUUUUAAACAUGUCGAUGUUAUUUUUGUAUCUAACUACCUUUGUAUGUUAGGAUUACCUUAUAUAACUGAACGAACUGACUUUGAAGGUGUUGUUUAUGCCACUGAACCUACAAUUCAAAUUGGACGUCAAUUCAUGGAGGAAAUAAUUUUUUAUAUUGAAAGAACACCUAAAGUUAAAUGUGCAUCAAAGUGGAAGGACAAAUCAAUCUAUGGAAAUAUUCCUUUACCUGUUAAUUUAGCCUCAUUACCACCUCAUCUAUGGCGACAAAUAUAUACUAGCAAGGAAUUAAAUAAUAGCUUCUCGAAAGUAAAAGUGAUUGGAUUUGGUGAGAAAGUUGAUAUUUUCGGUGCUUUCGAGAUCAGUGCUCAUUCAUCAGGUUAUUGUAUUGGAUCGUGUAAUUGGUUGAUUGAAACCGCUCAUGAAAAAAUUGUUUAUCUCUCAAGUACAUCAACCCUCACCACCCACCCGAAGCCAAUUGAUUACGGACCAUUUAGAAAAGCCGAUGUCAUGAUUGUUACCAAUCUCACACAAACACCAACCUGUAAUCCGGAUAACAUGUUAACCGAACUUUGUGUUCGUGUAACCACCGCUUUGGCCACCGGCGGAAAUGUCUUAAUUCCCUGUUAUCCAUCAGGAGUAAUUUAUGAUCUCUUUGAAUGUCUCAUCCCCCAUUUAGACAAUUCUGGAUAUGCAACGACUCCCGUUUACUUUGUUUCUCCAGUUGCCGAUCAAUCACUUGCUUACUCUAACAUUCUUGCCGAAUGGUUGACAACCAAUAAACAAUCAAGAGUUUAUCUUCCCGAAGAGCCUUUUGGUCACUCAUAUCUAGUUCGAUCGGGUCGACUUAAACACUACCAAGGUAUUCAUGUGGACGCUUUUAGUAACGAUUAUAAAAGUCCUUGUAUUGUUUUCACCGGUCAUCCCUCUCUCAGAUUUGGUGAUGUCGUUCAUUUUAUUGAACUUUGGAAAUCAUCACCAAACAAUUUGAUCGUCUUCACCGAGCCCGAUUUCCCCUGUGCUGAUGCCUUAGCACCUUAUCAUCCUGUCGCUAUGAGAGUAGUCCAGUGUCCAAUUGACACUUCUCUCAAUUUUUUCCAAGUAAACAAACUAUUACGUGAACUUAAACCAACAAAUGUACUUGUAUCAGAAAAAUAUACUAGCCCACCGCCCUUGUUACAACAUAAAACUGACCUGGUUAUCGAUGCUGGACCAGAAACCGAGAUGAUUACUUAUAAACGAAACGAGACAAUUCAAGUUAAAUUAAAUCGUAAAUUUGAACGAGCUGCUAUCGACAGUGAACUAGCAUCAAGUUUGAAUCCAGUUGAACUGAAAUCUGGAAUCUCAGUGGCCACUGUUACAGGAACAUUGAUUGCAAAGGAUAAUAAAUUUAAACUGAAAUCAGUUUCAACAAAUGAAUUAAAUGAAAUACGACGAAACAAUCAAGGACAAUCAAUCCCACCUCAAUUUUACACCUAUGGAACAUUAGAUUUACCAAUGUUCAUGCAACUACUUGGAAACGCGGGCAUUUACGAUGCAAGUAUUGAACAAACACCGAGUGGUUGUAUCGUUCAACUUAGAAGCGAAGAAGCCUUUGUAACCAUUGAUGAUUCUCUGACCCAUAUUGUUUGUGAUGCCAAUGAUUCACUUCGUAUUUUAUUAAAAGAUUUGGUAUCUAAAUGUUUAAAGAAAAUUUAAACAAUCAAGCAAAUGAUGGAUAAUUUUGUUAAAUACUCUGUGUACAAUUGAUUGUAUAUUUUUUAAAAAUUCAAUUCAAGAUAAACUGGCAAUGAUUGUUUUCCAUGUAACAA